AUGGCGAGUAUACAUUUAUUCUUGGAACAUCGUGUCUACUGUUUAGCAAUAGACUAUCGCUUUCUGUCCGGCAAAUGGAAUACAAUUCAAUCUUUCAGUAUACCACGUGUGACUUCCAGCAGGAUUAAUUUUUAUGAAGAAGCAAAGGCUGAAAACUUCAACGAACAUGAACUUGAAAUUCUUAAGCCACUAAUUAAUGUUCUACAACUGCAAUAUACCAAAAUCUCUGCUUCCAAAGAUCUUAGCAGAAGCUUUGAAAUAGACGGUGGUGUAAAUGAUGAUCAAUCAUUUAUAGAAUUGAACAAUCUCUUACUUUCAAUUCAACCAGAAUUUUCAAAUGAUAGUGAAGAAUCUAAAUUCAGUUCUAACGAUAGUCUUCCAAGUAUCAAGAAUUUAAACGACUCUCUGUCAGGAGUGCUUUCUUUAAAUGAAGCAAAUGAUAUUCAGGAUAUUUUUCAAGAACAAAUAGAUGAAGCCUAUCAAACAAUUCAUAAUCUUAUCGACCUUUGCAAUGAAACCGAAGACCAAAUAAGACGUAUAUCGAUUAACAAAAUAAAAAUGGUCAAAUUUAUUUACAAAAUGGUACAAAAAGUCUAUGCUCUAGGAAUACGAGCAGGGAGAACUGCGUAUUGCACAUAUUCAAGUAUUCCAGUGAUAAAUUCAACACUUACAGAAGGAAACCACGAAAUUUUGUCUUGUUACAACUAUACCCAAACAUCAAUCACCCGUCUUCGAAAAGAUGUGAGAGCAGCUAUUAAGGAUAUUCGAAGCAAUACUCAAGAGUUGAUUGAUAUUUAUAGAAAACUAACAAAACGUCAUUCAUUGCUUGGAAAAAUUAUUACCAUUUUUGUAAACAUCCGAAAAAUAUCCAAAGAUAUACAAGAAUCAAGUUCAAUAGCUAUCGAAACGAUAGAAGAAGUCAAGACAGAUGCACCGAUCAUCGCCUCAAAUACAAACGAAUGCGCCACAGUUUCCAUUUCGAACUUAGUCAAAAACUUAAAUGAAUACUUAACUGAUCUCAACACAUGUAUCAAAUUUGUAGAUGACUCAACUUAAGGCCCUGGAAGUUUCGAAAGAAUGUCGGGAAAUAUUUGUUUAGAUAUAACUUGCAUAUCAUAUACAAUAAAAAAUGA